AUGGAGGAAGACACAUACACUGAUUUGGAUUUUGAUUUGAAGGAAGACGUUAAAUUAGAAAAUGAUGUUAGUGACCUUAAUAGGAUGCUAAGUAUGUUACGAGAUGGCAUGUUAAAAAAGAAGGAGAAGAUCAUGGAAGAGUUUGUUCAAAGGGUGUCCCAAUUCUCUGGACCUUCUGAUUGUAAAAAAUAGAUUAACUUCAAUAGAGCGAUUGUGGAAGCAUAAACUAUAGAGGAAGUUUUGGAAAGCACUGGUGAGAUGAUUAUUGCUGUUGGAAAAGGGUUUACUCAUUCACUGUUAUCUCCAUUGAACAUUGCUACUACACUUCAUCGAAUUGUCCUCGAUUGUCAAAAAAGUGUUCUGAGAUCAUUCAUAUUAUCAUACUUUCAAAGAGAGGAGCUUGCUCAGGCUUUUGCUUCUCUAUAUGAGCCAGCUGACUCUUUGCUUGAGGCUCAGGAUACUAAUUAUAAAUCUGCAAACCAAUAGUGCUCCUUAAAGGCUGAAACAUCAUAUUCUGAUGAGGAGAGCAGCAAUGAAGUCAGUGGAGAUCUUGAUGCAGGACCUUUAGGCCCUCCAGUGCUCAGAUUUAUAUAGUAGGUAUCAGCUGGGUAUAUAGCUUGGUCAUAUGCUGUUCUAGGACAACUGGACCGAAUUUAGUUUUCAAAAGUGUAGAGAACUCUGAGCCAUUCUGAGGAGCAAAGGCUUUCAGAGCAAUAUAGAGAGGAUAUCAUGUUUGCUUCUCAGGCUCAUCUUGUGAAUCAAUGCUCGAAGCUCGUACCCCGUCUGGAGUUGUCACUUGGGGGCAGUCUUGAGGACAAAAUUGCUCGUGCUGGAAAAACUAGAAGGUUUAAUCAGAAAACAACUUCUUUAUUUGGGAAGGAAGUUGCUCGUCUCCUGGUGAGCACUGGCCUUGAUUGGGUGAGAGAAUAUGUUGUGGACGGGUACACAGUGGAUGCUGUUGUGGUUGAUAAGAAGAUUGCUUUGGAGAUAACUAAUUAAUUUGUCCAGGAAUACAGGUUGGUAUCUGCCUAUACCAUGCUGAAACGGUCGUACAUUGAUGCUGCUGGUUGGAAAGUGGUAUCACUGUCUCAUCAAGAGACGAGCCCCUUCUUCUCACAAUCCAGAAGGCUUCAGUAUUACAUAUUUAUGCACACAAAAAAUUUACAAGAAAAACUGACAAAACCAUGA